CGCUCAUAGGGAACAUUGUAUUGUAACAUAAUUAUUAAUUUGUGAUUGUAUUUUUAUCACCUGUUCAUCUGUUAUCAUUGCUAUAUAUCAAUUGUUUUUAUUUGCUUUCUGGCAAGAAUUAUAUGUAUUAAGAAAAUAAUAUGAUUUUAUUCUAGUGUAAUUAUUAAGCUUAUUCCAAUCAAGUGCCUUACAAUUUACAUUGUUUACAAGUGUAUUACAGUUUAUCAUUGAAAUUGUAUAUUUAUUAUGGCUGAAAAGAAAAUUCAAGAAAAUCCAAUUCCGGACGGUUCUCAUACAGAUGUAACGGAUAAACAAAAGGAUGUUCCGAAACUGCCAAUAAUCAAAGUCACCCCUCCACCGACAAUACCAGUGCAAGUACCCCGUCUCACAAUAUCGUCAUUCACCAAGACACCUCCAAAUGAGCUGUACAGAAAGCUACUGCCGGCGCUGUUGUUUAUAUUGACAUUUGUGACGGUUAUGACCAUGCUGCUCAUUUACAUGGAUACGUUUGCUCUCGGUGCUCAACAAUUCCGCCAGAACAUGACCCAGGACAAGGAGCUGGCGAGCAUCUCGGCGGAGUCGCCGACGCUGGUGGCGUACGUGCGGCAGCUGCACCUGGCGCCGCGGCCGCCGCGCGUGCCGCCGCCGCCGCCCGAGCCCACGCCGCGCGUGGCCGUGCUGGACCGCGUGCUGGGCGAGCUGCACAACGGCACGCUGGUGGAGUUCCUGGUGCGCGGGCCGCGCGACGCCACGGCCGCCUUCCUGCAGCGCGCGCGCGGCUGGCGCGGCGUGGCCGUGCGCGCGGCGCCGCGGGACUUCCUGGCGCUGCGCGGCGCCGUGGCGCUGCACGCGUGCCUGGCGGCCGGCGCGCACCCGCGCGUCGUGAGCUACGAGGAGGCCGAGGCGGGCGGCGGCGUGUUCCGCUCGCGCGUGCUGUGCCUGCCGCUGCUCACGGUGCUGCUGGCGGCCGACGCGCCGCGCGCGCACUACACGGCGCUGGCGGGGCCCGCCGCGCCCGCCGCGCUCGAGGCGCUGCCCUUCGCGGGCCUGCGCCUGCGCGUCAUCGACUUCCGCUCCACGGACCCGGCGGCGCGAGCGCGCACGACGCGGGUGCUGCUGGCGCGCAACUACACCGUGGCCGCCACCUUCGACGACGGCAUCAUGUACGCGCUCGACGCCGCCGCCGCCGCCGACGACGCCGACGCCGACGCCGAGUAGCGGCCGCCGGCGGCCGGCGUUCGUUUCGUUUACGAAGAUCAUGCGAACAUCUUGAAGUAUCGGACGCAAAUAAAAAUAGAACGGGCAAAUUUUCAUAGUUAUAUCUCCCUUGUUUGCGCAGACGUCGAUCUAAAACCGUUGAAAAUGUCUAAUCGAGUUAACUCGGGUACUAACUUUGCAAAGCUAGAGUUAAUUAGGUUCGCUGCGGGGGUGCGGUGUCUGAACGCAAUUUGCAAUCUAAAUUCUACUAAACCACUGCCUCAAUUAUAAAACACUAAGAAAAAACACCAUCUGAGUAGUGAUUCCCAGUUAUCAUUGUAAGGUCAACGAAUAGUUAUCGAUAUAAAAUAUAAUUUUAAAAACACUUAAAUAUAUUUCAGUUUUAUAAAAAUCAAACUAAUAAAUGCGUAACUUUCGAGUAAGAUAAAAAUAGAUUAUUUUUAUUACCAAAAGAGUUUUGUAAAACUAUGACAGGAUAAGUUUUGCAGAAUCUAAAGAAUGAUAUGAUCUGUUAUAAAUGUAUUAUUAAUAGCUUUAAAUGUUUGUUAAAAAUAUGGUUAUCAAUGAUCCUUUGAAAUGUUUCAACCGGCGCGGUAAUGAUUCGAAUUACGAAGGGGGAGGGGGAAAUGGAAUGGAGAUGAGAGGGAAAAAUAGGAAAAAAAAUUGAUUAAAAUAAUUCUUAAGUUCAAAAUAUAAAUACAAAGAUCCUGCUUAAAAAGGCUUCACAACCGUAAAGAAUGCCGUGCUAAAGUUAAGUUACUUCUUAUUGGUGACAGCAAUAUAUCUCAAUUAUAAUUAUUUCCGGUUUAAACCAAUGUAGAUGUUGAAUCCAAAUAAUUUUAUUUAUUUGCAAAAUUAUUGUCAAAUAUCUUAUUAUAGUACUAGUGACAUAACAAUAAUAAAGUACUCUGUCAAAUGUUUUAAUAACACACUCUUUGUAUUUAGUAGCAAAAAUAGGGUUGGGUGAGAAGAUAUUUUUAUUGGUCGAUUCUUUGACCGAAGUAACAGUGAUAUUUAAAAGUAAUUAUACUAUUAUUAAUAAUGUCACUAGUAAGUUUAAUACUACAUCUUUGACAAUAAUUCAAUAUUAUACUUUAAAUAAAGUAAUCAAAGUGAACUGUUUCACAUUUGAAUUAAAAAAAAAAAGAAUUAUAUUCUUAACUUGAUAUUGAAACUUUAAAAAAGUGAACUCACAUCGCCUUGUUUUAAAAGUAACAGAAAAAAUCAUUUUAAUGGGGAAAUCAAUUAAAACACUAUAUAAUUAGUCACAUUUUAAAUCUUAAAUAAAUAUAAUUUUUAUUAAAUUGAAAUGCCUUAAAUAGCCUUUUAAACUCUACGCACAAUUCGAAGUCACAUUAUUUUGAAUCUCACUAAUAGAUCAAGUUUUAAAUAAAAAUUAUAAAAGUAAUACUUUAUCAAGCACUUUGAAUAGUUUAAAAACGUCCUAAAAAUAUUAUAAAUCAAUCUCAUUAAAAGCACUUUAUAAAAAAAUAUAAUUUUGCCAGUAUCGAAUCUAAUACAUUAAAUUAAUUAAAAUAUUUUUUGUUAACAAAAUAUCGAUAUUGUGUCUAGUAUGAAAUCAAUAUUUUCGAAAAAAAAUCUCGUUGGAAGUAUCUCAUUCGUCAAUUAUGAAUAUAAAAGACCAAAUAAGACAUAAAAAGUUCCUUUGCCUUACAAACGUGCUUUACAAUUAUUAUUAAUUACUAACAAUAUUAUUAGAUAUAGAAAAAAUACGUCUUUGUGCUAAUUGUCAAGUUACAACAUAGUACAAUACUAGCCAACUGAUUAGAAUAAAACUCUAUAAUUUAUACAAUAUUUAAUUUUAUUAUUCAUUAUCUCGCAACCGAAGUAUUUUUUUUUUUAAAUUGAAUCCUUGUUUUUUAAUCUGCGAUCAAAUUAAUUUUAAUUAAAAAAUUCUGUUUUAAUAAUUAUUUAGAUUAUUAAUUUUUUUUUAAUAUGCUAAUUAUUAAGAAUAAUUUUAAUGCUACUUAGAUUUUAAUCGCCUUUUCCUUGUCUGUCUGUGUUUUAAAGAGUUGGAGUCAUUCCAAUUUUGUAAUUAAUUCCGUCUUUAAUAUAAAUAAUUUAAUUUUAAAAGACUGAGUAACGAAUAUAUUUUUGAGUCGCGUAGUUAUUGUAACACGAACGGAACGUAUUCUCAUGUUUACGAUUAAAUUUAUUUCGUAAGGUUAAUUAUUGUAUUAAUUUUUUUUCAAUUUUAGCCUAAUUUCUCGAUUGGUCGUAAGCGUUAGUGACAAUUUAUUAAUAAUUAAUUUUAAGCUUUAAAUUAAGAUCCACUAGGUUUAGUUUUUUAUGCGCUCAAUUUUUUCACAA